AUGUGUCAUAUCGUGGCGUGUAUUGCCUUCUCUCUCUCCCCAUAUCACCUCUCAACCGUCGACAUGGCUCUCAAGCGCAUUAACAAGGAACUCACUGAUCUCGGACGGGAUCCCCCCUCCUCUUGCUCCGCCGGACCCAUUGGAGAUGAUCUGUUCCACUGGCAAGCAACUAUUAUGGGUCCUGGUGACUCACCUUACUCCGGAGGUGUUUUCUUCCUCAACAUCAACUUCCCUACCGACUACCCGUUCAAGCCCCCGAAGGUCAACUUCACCACCCGCAUUUACCACCCCAACAUCAACUCGAACGGCAGCAUCUGUCUCGACAUUCUGCGUGAUCAGUGGAGCCCUGCUCUGACAAUUUCGAAAGUGCUGCUUUCGAUCUGCUCAAUGCUCACAGACCCCAACCCCGAUGACCCGCUUGUGCCUGAGAUCGCCCAUGUCUACAAGACGGACCGCCCACGGUACGAGGCGACUGCCCGCGAAUGGACUCGGAAGUACGCUAUUUGA